AUGAGGUGUAGAAAGUAUAGUAAACUACAAACCAGGCUGCAAACAGAAGAAAUAGAAAUUGACAUUCGAACUCAGUCGAUAUGGUAUACAGAAGUGUUCUUCUCCUGGCACCGACGCCCCAGCUGGCCCAUAUCACUCGGAAGUCUUCAUUCAUUUCUACCUAAUUUUUUUUUAUUUAAUUUUUUCGAUUCUCUUUUUUUUUUUUUUUUUUUAUUUUCUCUAAUUUCCUCCUACUCCGAAAUCUUGUACCGGAAUUCUACUCGGUCAACAACUCUGCCCUUUCCGCGAUCGCUAUUGGCCAAUAUCCCCCAGUUCAACUUAUAUACCGGAGGGGCCCGCUUCAUAGCACCAAAUUUUCUCUUGUUCUCCCUAGUAAUUUCGAAAAUUCCCUUCCCUGUUGAUUUCAUCAAUACGAAUCAAGCACCACAAAAAAAAAAGUAG